AUGAUCUUCUAUAUUUUAACUAUUUUCACAAUCGUUACUUUUAAUAUUUCAAUAUUCAUUUUUUGCGGAAAACAACAAGAGGUAAAUUAAUUUUGAUUUUUGAACUUUAGAAUUAUUUUUUUGUUGUAAAAAAAACCUUUUCGCAACCUGAAUUCAUUCAGUGCUGAAAGAAAUAAAAAUUGGAUAUAAGUAUUUUUGAAGAGUGGUCGACUAACAAACAGAAGAUUAGAGUAAAAGAGACGCAGACAUUAUUUGGCCAUUAAUCUUUUUUGUGUUUUCGAUCAAAAGAUCAUUAUUUUUUUUAGGAAUCAACAAAUUUGCACAAUAAAACAUUGAAGGCAAAUGAUAAAAAAGAUGUGGCUCAAGUCAAUUUCACACCCGAAAAAUCACAAGAACCUGAUUUAUAUCAUAAUUUGGCUGCACAAAAUCUUGCAUUUCCAGCAAGUAGUCGAUGUCAAAAUCAUGAUGAUGUUUGGAGAAUUUUGGCAUUAUAUUUAGAUAUGAUUAGAUCUGUGAAUCCAGAUGAUUUUGUGAAACAUCAAUGUAAUAUUUAAUUUUUAAAAUUACCUUUAAAAUGUCUCUUUUUACAGUACUCGAUUCUGGUAUGGCUGUUCUUCACGAUAUUUCAAAUUUUAUCAAACUGGAUCAAACUAUAUAUAAUAAUGAAUUGGUGGCAUUGGCAAUUGUCUAUUUUCUCGUUAAAUAUAAUAAUAUUCAAGUUAAAAUUGGCGAUGAAAAAACACCGUGGCAUACUGUAAGUUUUGUCUUACAAAGACAUUGAUGAUAUACUGUAGAUUUGUUUUAGAUUAUAAAUAAACGUGUGAAAGUCGAAGAUUUGCGUGAUAUCUACAAACAAAUCGACAAACAACUUGUUAGAGGAUCAGAUGAGAAUAAUUCCAGUAAAUGUCUUAAAACAUGA